GGCCACAUACCAGAUAUGCAUGGUAACGUUAAAGAGACACAUGGCCACACAGAAAAUCGUGGUCAUGAACAAGAGACGUAUGGUCCAACGCAUGGCCACGUUGAAGAUGCUCAUUACCACAAAUCAGAGAUUCAUGGUAACGUAACAGAGACAAAAGACCACAUACGAGGCACACAUGGCCAUGCACAAGAGACUCAAGGCCACAUAGUAGGGACUCAUACCCAUGCACAAGAGACUCAAGGCCACGUUGAAGAGACUCAUGGCCACAAUUCAAAAGACCACAUACGAGAAACUCAUGGCCACGCACAAGAAACUAAUGGCCACAAAGAAGAGACUCACGGCCACAAAGAAGAGACUCAUAGCCAGAAAGAAGAGACUAAUGGCCAUGUACAGGAGAUGCAUAGCCAUGUACAAGAGACUCCAGGCCAGGUACAACCGAAACAUGGCCAAGUAAGAGAGACUCAUGGCCACAAACAACAGACUCAUGGCCACAUUCUCACUUUUGGCAUCGAAGAAUCGAUGCAUGGCCACAUAGAAGAGUCUCAUGGCCACAACACCACCUCUUCAUCUGGGCACAGUGUAAAUAGUGAGGCGGAACACAAAGUCUCCCACAAGCCUGAAGGACACAUACACAAGACUCAUGGAUACGAACAUGAUAUUCAAGGUCACAAAACAACAACCUCACCUAGGCACGGAGAGGAGAGAAACGCUCAAAGUAAAGGACUCCUGAAACUCUUGAUCUCAGGAGAGCCCCAGGCCAGACAGUUGUUUGGGAUCAUAUACGAUGCUUUCAGAGACUGUGAGUGCUACGGCCACUCCAACCGCUGCAGCUACAUCGACUACCUGAACAUCGUGACGUGCGUCAGCUGCAAGCACAACACCCGAGGCCAGAACUGCCAGCACUGCAGGCUGGGAUACUUCCGCAACGCCUCUGCCGAGCUAGAUGAUGAGAACGUGUGCAUCGAGUGCAACUGCAACCAGAUGGGUUCUGUUCAUGACCGGUGUAACGGCACGGGCUACUGCCAGUGUAAAGACGGAGCCACGGGGGCCAAGUGUGACGACUGUCUGCCCGGAUACUACUGGAAACAAGGCUGUUACUCUAACGUUUGUGACGAGGAGAUGCUCCUAUGCCAGAACGGAGGAACAUGCAACCAGAACCAGAAGUGCAUCUGUCCUCCAGAGUUUAAGGGGGUCCUGUGCCAACAGUCCCGCUGCGAGGCGGGCAAAGACUGCAGCGCCGCCCCCCCCCUGCACCUCAGCACGGCCGCCCUGCUGCUCUGCACUCUGCUAGCAAACCUGCUGAACACGUUAACGCCCCACUGAGCCACCGAACCCCCUCGGACCAGGGAGUGUGUGUUUAUGUGUGUGUACGCCAGGCCAGGGGUCUGAAGGGCCGCCUGGACGCGUUGAACACACUGCAGCACUCGCAAAGAGCUCACUCACACUACACAAACUAGCCCCUUUCAAACACAUAAAUACACACACACACACCUCACAGGACUGUUAUGAUACCGAGUGUGUGCUCAGUUGUGAGAAAAAAAGAGGAGCGACCUCAGAGAAAAAAGAUGCAGACGGAAAGAGUGGGGGGGGGGGGGGGAAUCAUACCAACCACUGUUCCCUUUAUUCCUGAGCUGGAGCAAUGUGCAUCAAACCAAAAAGCAUAAACACUUAAGUCACCACUGUAUCACUUCUAAGGGAAUGGCUGUUACACACAUGUGGACCUUUUCUUUUUUCCUUUUUCCUUGGUUGGAUGCCACCUCCGUCUGAAUGACGGCCGACGUGUGUGUGUGGGAACGCUCGACGGCGUUCGAUCCCGCUGCUGAGGCCUACAUAGUAUAUUAACCAGGUUUCAUUUCCUCUCAGAAGAUGAGACUUGAUUUUACAUUUAUUCUAUUUCUGCUGCUUUUCUUUUUUUAAUAAUUAUAUCUUGAGUCAUUGUAUCUAAUGUGCCCACUUACAGUCGCUGAGAUUAUACAUAUUAUAUUAUAUCCAGGGGGUUACAAAUUAUAAAAAAAGAAUUUAGUCACUAUUGUGGAUGUUAUAGGAAUGAGUGAUUGUUGCCACACUUAGCGAGAUUUAAUCUUCACACAGUAUUCAGGAAGCAGAAUUUAACAGAAUUUAACUUAUCAGAAGUCUAAAAGAGAGAGAAAAAGAUAUCAACCACGUAUCAAUAUUAUAUGACAUUAUUUGAAUAUUUUUUGUAGAAAUUAUUUUUGUUUGGAGUUACAAUAAAUUAUAAAAAAUGACAUUUACAACUAUUCUAAAUGAGCAGUUUAUUACACUGAGUGUAAACCUUGCAGUAAAUAUGACUGUUAUUUGCCUUCUUGCUUGUUCUUUUGUUAUUCCAUCAUAAUUUUAAAAAUGUUUCCAGUGGCGUAAAAUGAAGAUAGAGCAAGUUAUCCAUUUAUCAUAUUUCCUUCACUUUUGACAUGGUGUUGAAUGUUCAUGAUUACAAACAGACUAUUCCAGCAGCCUGUCUGACAAUCACAAAUAACUGCUUUCCUGUCAAGAGAAUAUAAAGGAUUUUAUUCUGAUAAAAGUU